CCAAAACACACAACAAAAUCAUCCCAAAAAAAAAAAAAAACUAAGUUUUCCUAAUUAAAAUCUUUAAUUUUCACUUAUAUCAAUUAGCAUGGCAUUUGGUGCAACUCAUUUGAGCUUGACACUAUGUCUUGUGGCUCUAAUUGUUCUUGCGAAAGCAAACUUUGAUGAGAAAAUAGAGCCAGUUAACAAUAUUUUGGAGCAAAAUUCAGACAUGUUAUCUCAGGAAUUUUGCAUAAUCGCGGCGGUCGGGUCAGUUGUGGGUGAAGCCAUCACGAGGGAGAGGCGAAUGGGAGCGUCUCUCAUUCGCCUCUUCUUCCAUGACUGCUUUGUUGAUGGAUGUGAUGGUGGUAUUCUUUUAGAUGAUAUUCCUGGAAGAUUCCAAGGUGAAAAAACAUCACCACCAAAUAAUAAUUCAGUAAGAGGUUUUCAAGUAAUUGAUCAAGCUAAACAAAGAAUUAAAACUAUGUGCCCUGGUGCUGCUGUUUCAUGUGCUGACAUACUUGCACUUGCUGCUCGUGACUCUGUUGCUAUGUUAGGAGGGAUGCCGUACCCUGUGAGACUAGGCCGAAGAGAUGCAAGGACCGCGAAUUUCACCGGUGCAUUAACCCAACUUCCGGCCCCAUUCGACAAUCUCAAUGUCCAAUUGGGGAAAUUCAGCGCGAAGGGACUAUCCGCUCGGGAAAUGGUCGCGUUAGUCGGGGCCCACACAGUAGGAUUCGCGCGAUGUGUGACAUUAUGUGACGACAGGAACAUUAAUCCGGCCAUGAAACCGACACUGAGGUGUGGUUGCCCUGUUAGUAGCAACAACACGAAUUUAGUACCGCUGGAUUUGAUGACUCCUGAAUUUUUCGACAAGUUUUAUUACGAGGAUUUAAUCCGAAACCAAGGGCUUCUUUUUUCGGACCAAGUUCUGAUGGGAUCCAGUGCGACUGCUGAUGUUGUUCGGACCUAUAACAGUAACCCUGGUCUCUUCUUACGCGAAUUCAAUGCUGCCAUGACGAAGAUGGGAGACUUGCCCCCAUCUCGUGGAGUUCAGUUGGAAAUUCGCGAUGUUUGUAGCAAGGUGAACGGUAAUUCUAUCACGGACAUGUAAAAAAAAUAGAAAAAUAAAAUCUUUAAAAUUUCCACAUUUCAUGUUCAAGAAUAAGAAAAAACUUAUGGAUUAUUGAUAUAAUCUAUAGUUUGUUGUUUAAUGUAAGAUGUUUGACUUUUAUAUGUACCCUUUGUCUUUAAUUUUGGUCAUGUACAUGUAAUACAAUUUAAUGGAAGAGUUUUUUUCCAUA